AUGAAGUUCUUCUCAGUUGCAGCCCCCCUAGUGCUUUUGGCCGCUUGUGCCUUAGCUCUGCCGGUGGAGAUAGAGAAGCGCGAAGCUAGCGAAGCUUAUGGCGCUUUGAAUGAUGAAGUUUACCACCCGCCUCUGCGCGACGAUGCUGCGGAGAAGCGCGAAGCUAGCCAGGCCUAUACCCCUUUGGACGAUGGAAUUUACAAUCGUCUGCUCGACCGUGUGCGCGACGAGGCUGCGGAAUAA